AUGGAGCUGCAGGAGCAGGGAGGCCUGAAGGAGCUGGUGCUGCAGGAGCAGGGAGGCCUGAAGGAGCUGGUGCUGCAGGAGCAGGGAGGCCUGAAGGAGCUGGUGCUGCUGUGGUUCUCUCAGACGCAGGCUCAGCUCAUCCUCAACAACGGAAACCCCCCCGACUGGUUUCAAGGCUUCGCUGCCAGAAAGGAAGCAGAGGAUCUCCUGAGAGAGAAACCUCUGGGCUGUUUCCUCGUCCGCCUCAGUGAAAAGGCUGUGGGCUACAUCUUGUCCUACAGGGGCCACGACCGGUGCCGCCAUUUUGUCAUCGCCCAGGAUCCCUAUGGGCAGUUUGUCCUAUCAGGAGACUGUCAGACGUUUCAGCGCCUGACGGAGCUGAUAGAACAUUACAGGCUCCGCCCCAUCCAGCCGUUUGGAGAACAUCUGACCUGCAGCUGCACCGAGGAAGAGGAACUGUACGAUGUGGUGAACUACAAGACCAAAGAGAAGACGUCUGGGCUGAGCGUCCAGGCUCUGCGGAUCCUCUGGGACCAGAAGAGUCCCCGUCUCAGCGCCACCAACAGGAAGCAGAGGGCACAGCAGCAACAUGAGCCUGUCACAGUGCAGCCACCGGACCUUCCAACCAAAUCCAAGAGCAGACAACUGACAGGGACAGUGUCCGACACCACGUCCCUCUCUCAGGAGUCUGCAGAGCUCCAGCAUCGUCAUCGUGUCUUUCAGGUUGCCCCCCCACUACCAAGGAGAGGCUUUCCUCCGGGCUUCUCUCUGAGCGGAUCUCUCCCUGAAACCACGUCACAUGAGCGUGAAGCCCAGAGCAGCUCCACCAGAGAGGAGGCACUGGGAGGAGACUCCACCACAGACUCAUUCAACACAACCUCUCCAGCAGGGAACACAUCUUCUGAGCUGACACAGACUGAGAGCAGGAGCCAGGUUCUACCACAGCUGGAGAGCAGCAGUGAAGAGGAGGAGGAGGAAGAGGUAGAGAAGAAGGAGGAGACAGAGGAAGAGGAGGAGGAGGUAGAGGAGGAGUUAGAGGACGAGGUAGAGGAGCAGAAGGAGGUAGAAGAGGGAGAGUACUCUAACCACCUCACAUCCACAUUGUCUUAUUCACCCACUCCUGUGAAGAAGGUCACCUGCCCCACCUACUUCCUCCACAGCCCCUCCAGACCCCGCCCCUUGCACCAGGCGUCCGAGGGACAGACAGACGUCCUGUACGCUCAGGUCGCUGAGAGGCCGACCUCCAGCGGUCCACCUGAUGACACCUACGAGAAGAUCCCCAGGGAGGCCGGCCCUCCGUCCACCGUCCAGAGCAACACCUACGAGUCUCUGGAGGACAUGAAGACCAAGAAGUCCAAAAGCUCCUGGGGGAAAAACAACAUGAAAUGGAAGAAAUUCUUCCCUGAAUACAAGAAGAAAUAAAUGUGAAUCUGUUUGUUUUACAUUUGGAGAAACAAGACACAAAUUAAAUGAGUUUUAUAAACAGUUCUAAUAAUCCAAGUUUUAAAGUGAAGAUUCAGAUGUUUAAGAACAAUAAAGACUCUGUUUAAAUUCAGCCUCAGUUUUUAUUCAUGGUCGUUUUGUGUUGUGAACUAAAGAUUUGAAACAAACUGCUCAAAACUUAUUUUUAGUACUAUUAAUUAAUUUGAACUUUGCUUUUUAUUCAUGAACAUUGUUUUUACCACUUUUUAUCAAAAGGUUUCAUUGAUUUAAAACCUUUGAAGUCUUAAUUUGUUCUGUUGAUAAACAUUUCUUCUGUUGUUCAUGUAAAAACCUUGAGCUGCAAUUGAUUCUAUAAAAUGUGUUGAAUAAAUAAAGUUCAUCAUCA